AUGUCGGCCGUGAGGGAGACAGAGAAGGAAGAGGGUGAAGAAGGGGCUGACUCUCGUGAUCCCCGAGCUUUAUACCCCGAUGCUGCUCUGCUCGCUGAGGUGACUCCAGCUGUAACGACGAUGAUGUUCUGGUACUUCAGCUUCCUGUUGCUGAAUGUUACUCGCUGUGAACAGUUAAAUAGAUUUGAGCAGCAGAUUUUAACAGUGUCUCCGACACAUCCGUGUCUUUUCUUUUCUUUCUCCCCAGAAACGAAGGAGGAGCUGGAAGAGUUGAUGUCUGACAUAAAGAAGACGGCAAAUAAAGUGCGCUCCAAGCUAAAGAGUAUCGAGCAGAGUAUUGAACAAGAGGAAGGAUUGAACAGGUCAUCUGCUGACCUGCGGAUAAGGAAAACUCAGCACUCAACACUGUCACGCAAGUUCGUGGAGGUGAUGUCCGAGUACAAUGCCACGCAGACCGACUACCGGGAGCGCUGCAAGGGCAGGAUCCAGAGGCAGCUGGAGAUCACUGGCAGGACCACCACAAGCGAGGAGCUGGAGGACAUGCUGGAGAGCGGCAACCCGGCCAUCUUCUCUUCUGGGAUCAUUAUGGAUUCAAACAUCACCAAGCAGGCACUGAAUGAGAUUGAGACACGGCACAGCGAGAUCAUCAAACUGGAGAACAGCAUCCGAGAGCUGCAUGACAUGUUCAUGGACAUGGCCAUGCUGGUGGAGAGCCAGGGCGAGAUGAUCGACCGCAUCGAGUACAACGUGGAGCACUCGGUGGACUACGUGGAGCGGGCUGUGUCUGACACCAAAAAAGCGGUGAAGUACCAGAGCAAAGCCAGACGGAAGAAGAUCAUGAUCAUAAUCUGCUGUGUGAUCCUGGGUAUCGUCAUUGCCUCCACCUUUGGCGGCAUUUUCGGCUAG